AUGCCGGGCCUCAUACCCUUCGCACCUACGCCUCCUCUGUCGCAGUCGACACAUACCAACGCCUCUUCCGUCCCAGCUCGACCGACCAAUACGUUCUUCGGUACAGACCGGGGUGCUGCACGAGGCAGCAGCAGUCAGGCACCCAUCGACCUCGACGACGAUUCCGAGCCCACCGCUCCACUGCCUCGCAACGCCACCUACACACACCUACAUCAGCACCACCAACACCACUUGGAAAACUUUUGGGGCGUUUUGACACCCGGCAACACGCAAAACCCACAAUCCCUCCCGUCCUUCUCGGACUUUGCCGCCAACCUGGAUUUCCAACCUUUGGGAGUGACUGCGCUAUUGCAUAACAGCGCCGCCCCGCAGACACCGGGCCACGAACCGAACAGCGACGAAUACCUCUCCGCACUCGUUGAAGGGAACUUCUCACCAUCCUCAUACCCCCGACACACGCAGGCCUCGCCGGGCACUCAACAACAACGACAACAACCACGACGACCGAGCCUGGCUCAGAGUUCUCGGAACGCACCCCAUCCCCACGCCUCUGAUACCCCGCUGCGACCGGACCGCUUGGCCAGGGACGCUAGCCAGAAUACAAACACUGUGGUAACAGCAGCACGACAUCCAACGUCCCGUCCCGCAUACCACGACAACGAGGUGGAAGAGUCGCUCUUUGUAAGCUCCGACGACGAACCUCAAGUCACGAUGCCUGUCCAGACACGCCGUAGGGCCUCCACCAUCCUCAGCUCCGAUCACGACCCCGAGUCAGACGAGAUCGCGGCCUCCGCCACGCGAAAGAGGCCCGCCCCUUCUUCUGCCCCUGCCAGAGAAACCACCGCUCCCAAACGGCGACGUACAUCACAGCCCCAAGCGACACGCACACAGACAACAACGCCCGGUGUACUGGGUCCCGACGACGACAUUUUUGGCGAAGACAAGGUUCCAUCAAACAAGGGCAAGGAAAGGGACGAAGACGUCAUUGAUCUAGCCGACGCAAACGAAGUGCCGGAGGACUUGAAGGCGCCUAAGGAGGACAAGAGAAUCAAGAUUUCGGCUUUUCAGUGUGUUAUCUGCAUGGACGAUGUCACUGCGCUGACGGUAACCCAUUGUGGCCACCUCUUCUGUUCCGAGUGCCUCCACUCGGCGCUCAAUGUUGACGCGACCAAAAACAAGUGCCCCAUUUGCAGGCAGAAGGUUGAAACCAAGGACAAGAGCGACUACACAGCCAAGACCAAGGGUUUUUGGCCCCUGGAACUCAAGUUGAUGACGGCCAGCCGCAAAGGGAAGCAGCGGGCAUGA